AUGUCCGGAGCGGGAUGCAAGUGGAUGGUCUCCUCCGUUACGGAGGAGAACAUCAGAAAGCUAUGGGAAGCCGGAUAUCUGGCCGCGGACAUCGCGCACCAGCUGCCAGAUGCGGGGCAGAUCAUCCCUAUGCCCAAACCCCAUGAGAGGGUAGUUUUCCUCACCCACUUGGUCCCCGGACUGAGAUUUCCCCUUCACCCGUUUGUCCGCGGGCUCAUGUUCUACUAUGGGCUGGAUUUUCAUGAUCUGGCCCCCAACUUCAUCCUCAACAUCUCGGCAUUUAUCGUCGUGUGCGAGGCCUUCCUCCGCAUCAGGCCCCACUUCGGCCUGUGGCUGAAGACCUUCAAUGUUAAACCGAAGGUGGUGGUCAGCCAGCAAGCAGAGUGCGGAGGCGCCAUGGUGGGCAAAAUGCCUAACGUCACCUAUCUCGAAGGCUCCUAUGUGGAGACCAUAAAGGGGUGGCAAUCGGGGUGGUUCUACAUCACCGAGCCGCGCGACACCAACUGGGUGGCGGCCCCUAAAUUUCGAUCCGGAAUCCCCACGCGGCUCACUUCCUGGAAAGAGAAGGGCCUGUCCUGGGGUACCCCGGUAGAGCUGAACGGACUCCAGACCUGCAUCAGGAACAUGAUGAGCAAGAAAAUCAAGCUCGUCAAUGUGGUCCAGGUCAUGCUCUUCCGCCGGAUCCUCCCGUGUCAACCACGGGCAUUCAAUUUGUGGGAGUUCGACCCGGCCAAGCAACAGACGAUGCGAGAGCUCUUCGACACGACGCACAAGGACGUCUGGAAGGUGUUGUUCAAGGGCACCGAGGUACCUCCUCCCCUUACUGAGGACCGCGGACUCAGCGCAAAGUACCAUGCCAAUCCGGACUGGGUAGAGACAGCGGAGCAACUCGGUUGCCCAGCCCCCCUGCCUGAAGAUCCUGCAGAUGCUCUCCUAACGGAGAUGCUGGUUCCGGCGCCUUACGAGGUGCCGGUGAAGAAGGCCUAGAAGAAGGCCACGGGGACCUGAAAGGGUCUUCGGUGCAAGGUUAUAUCGGACUCAUCGUCCGAUAACUCCGGAGCGCACUCCUCCCACGAAAACGGGGAGGGGGAAGAGAAAAGUUCUCCCCCCAUCCAGGGGAGAUAA